AUGCCAGGGGAAUACCAACCUUUCUCCGGUCUGCCAAGGCCUACACAAAUACUACCUCGGGCUCAACCAACAGCAUUUUUACCGCCACCACCUCCACGACGUUCAACUCUUCCUGCCAGACGAGCUCCUUCAAGUAAUUCAUCAAUUGAGAUAGAGCUACCACCUCGCAGACGUCAUCGUUUUAGAGAAAAGUCUAUCAUAACCAUACCAUUUCCUUCGCGACCCACAUUGUUUUUACGCCCUCCUAGAAGAAUUCUUGAAAUUGAACGUGUUAGAAGUCGCCGACGUUAUGAGUAUGUCACAGAGCCACGACGUUAUGAGUAUGUCACAGAGCCACAAGUUUUAGUCACGAAUCCGAUCACAGUUCAUGUACCGUCAUCUUCGUCACCAGCACCGCUAUCGUCACCGUCACCACAGCAACCUGGAUUAACCGCUGCCAUGAUCGAAAAUCUACCCAAACGUGUCGUACAUCUUCAACCAAUACAUCUGGGUGCAGAAAAUUUACCUUCUCAAAAUUUACCACCAACAGACGAAGCUGAUUUAGAUACUGUUACGUUACCAGUUGAAUAUAUAGGUCCAGAUGGUACUUUAUCUAUUCUACAAGCAGGUCCAGAUGGUACUUUAUCUAUUCUACCUCACCAAACGCCAACCUUAAACAUUCCUCAGAUGAAUGUCAUUCCAGCUCAGGAAAUUAAUCCUCAACCCUUGUUGAAUUAUGGGAAUACUGACGCACUAAUCGUACCCAGUCAGAAUCUACCAGUGAGUAAUGCAGAACUUCAACAGUUUCUUCGACAAGCACAGCAAUUAUUUCAAAGAAUUGGACCUCUAGCACCAGCACAACAACCUUCACUAGUUCCGUUGAAUGUGAAUUCAUAUCCAUCUCUUUCUCAAAAUCUUCCCUUGUCCUUCACUAACAGCUCUUCUAAUCUUAACCCUCUGUCGCAAUUUGCACCAUCUGCAACUCCCUAUAACCCACAAUCUACAAUCCCCUCUAGUCCACUAUCUGCAACUCCCUAUAAUCCACGAUCUACGAUCCCCUCUAGUCCACUAUCUGCAACUCCCUAUAACCCACAAUCUACGAUCCCCUCUAGUCCACUAUCUGCAACUCUCUAUAACCCACAAUCUACAAUUCCCUCUAGUCCACUAUCUGCAACUCCCUAUAAUCCACCAUCUACAAGCCCCUAUAAUCCACCAUCUGUAAGUCGCUAUAAUCUACAAUCUACAACUUCACCUAAUCCAUCAUCUGCAACUCCCUAUAAUCCACCAUCUACAAGCCCCUAUAAUCCACCAUCUGUAGGUCGCUAUAAUCUACAAUCUACAACUUCAUCUAAUCCAUCAUCUGCAACUCCCUAUAAUCCACCAUCUAUAACUCCCUAUAAUCCACCAUCUGCAAGUCCCUAUAAUCCACCAUCUAUAACUCCCUAUAAUCCACCAUCUACAAGCCGCUACAACUCAUCGCCUGCGCCAUUAGGUGGCUCUUCCUCUAAUUAUCUAACAUUGCCCAGCAGUUCCUCUCCCCAGUCUAACAGUACCUACGGUAUCUCAAAUCUUCCAUCUUAUCCAACAUCAGCUAAUAAUCAACGAAUAUCUUUACCGAAUCUGUCGAACCCAGUUUUAUCGAAUGUUAGUGCUAAUGGUCCGUAUCAAACAGUACAAAACGAUGUACCUCGAUCAAUUCUACGACCAACAACCACAUCCGCAUUAACAAAUGCCAGUUAUUCACAUUUACAACCGUCAUUAACACCAUCUAGUGUCUCAAAAGUCUCAACAAAUACUGCCUCUGAAAACAAAAAUGUGUCUCAUGUUUCAAAAGCAAACCGCCAUAUUGAUAAAAAAUACGUUCAACUUACAGCCGAUUGA